GUAUGAAAAUACACAACGCGGAAAAUCAUUCUAAAUAUAGAAUCCAAUAAAAAUAAACAUUUUCUACAUUUGCAUAUCCAACGAAGUAGAUACUUAUUAACCAACAAUAAAGGCUAACAGUGAUUUCGAUUCCAUAAUAACAAAACAUUUAAAGUGUUUUCUCCAUAAACGAAGUUGCAAAAUGGAUUUACUUUUCCUAAGUAAGCGAAUUUUCCUGGGCACCGAACGGGAAUUCCUCAAUGGUGGCAUUAUUGUCGACACAGAGGGCAUCAUACGUAAGAUUUUGCGCACUGCGCAAGAGGUGAAUACCUAUGUAUACAACACGGAAUCGGAAGCGGUCUAUGAUUUUGGCGACAAAGUGCUUAUGCCGGGUCUGAUAGACGCCAAUGUGAAUAUCAGCGAGCCGGGGCGUAAGGAUUGGGAGGGAUUUAUGGCGGCAACAAAAGCAGCAGCUGCCGGCGGUUUCACCACGAUCAUCGAUAGACCUACUAACACCAUACCGCCCACCACCAGUGUGGCGGCGCUAAAAACGAAAACUGGUGUGGCGCGUGGAAAGCUUUACGUGGAUGUCGGAUUUUGGGGUGGCCUAGUACCUGAGAAUGUCAAAGAAGCUGAUCCGUUGCUGGGCGCUGGCGUUAUCGGACUGCAGUGCACACUUUCGCCCACACCGGCACCAGUUGGAGAUGCUUUUCCCGCCAUAAAUCGUAAGGAUCUUGAAGAUGUGAUCGAUAAGCUGGAAGAUGGCACAGUUAUAGCUUUUAAUGCCGAGUUGCCUCUAAAGAAUGCCAUAGAGCCCAAUGAGGAAGAACCCAAGAAAUAUGAGUCCUUCUUGCGCACACGUCCCGAGGAAAUGGAAGUAAAUGCCGUGCAACUGAUCAGUCAAUUGGCCACGGCAAAUAAGGGCAAACAUAUGCAUAUCAUGAACAUAAGCUCCGCCGAAGUGUUGCCCAUUGUGGCGCAAUGCAAACGCGCCGGCGCAAAUCUGACUGCUGAAACUUGUCCCCAUUACCUUGCAUUGUCUGCAGAGCAAAUCGAAGAUUGUCAUACCGAGUUCAAAGCCCAGCCUCCGAUACGCGUCAAGUCAAAUCAGCCCCGGUUAUGGGACGCUCUGAAAGCUGGUUGCUUGGAUAUUAUUGCCUCAAAUCAUUCGCCAGCGACGCCGGGAGUGAAGUGUUUGAAUUACGGACGUGCGCGUGGAAACUUUUUGAAUGCUUGGCCUGGCGUCUCGUCGUUGCAGCUGGGACUACCAGUCGUUUGGACACACUGUCAAACCCAUGGACUGGGUAUGGAACAUAUUUAUCGUCUUAUGUGCCAAAAUCCGGCAGUGCUCUGUGGUCUUUCCAGCUUUAAGAGUAAAAUUGAGGAAGGCUAUGAUGCUGAUUUUUGCAUCUGGGAUCCAGAAGAGGAGUUCAACGUCUCAGCGGAUAUGCUCUACUCUACCAAUAAGGCCACUCCCUACAUGGAUCAGCGCUUGCGUGGUGUAGUUCAUGCCACCAUUGUGCGCGGAUUACACGUCUAUCAGCAAUAUGAGGGUUUCGGUCAGCCACUAGGCAAGGUGCUGUUGCGCAAAAGCACUAAAAAGCUUGUGAAAUUUGUUCGAAUGUAAAGGAAGGCAUAAUAAGUGAAAUAUAUAGCCACAUGCAAGAUACAAUCUUGGCCACAUGUUUUAGCUCUUUAAUCACGUA